UAAGCGGCUCCGCCAAUCUUUACCGAUUUCACGAUCGCAGAUAUAGCGCAUUGUGCGAGCACUGUGAACGUUUAAUUGUCGCUUAUUUGGGGAUGCUUGGAAAUGGGCAAUUAAAGCCAAUAUGUUACAAGCUUUUUCCAAGCUUAAUUGCCCCAAGAUUGGCCGAAUCUUGCAUGUUUGCUGGGCAACUGUUACGCCACGGGACUGCCCUCCCCAGGCCUGUGCUUUGCAAAAUCUUUAGACGCGAUUAUAAAUAACGAUCGUUUUAAACCUGAGUGGAAAUGAUUUAAAAUGUCAAUUUCUAUGAUUUAAGCCAAAGGUGUUUUGGCCUGCGGACACAGUAAAAAGCAUGCAGCUCUGAGGGAAAGCCUGUGCAUUGAUAGUAUAAUUACUGCGUUAAAAGCAGUAUGUGUCUUCCCAAAGAUUCGAAUAACCUUUUAUCGCACAUUAUUAGCUGUUCGUUACUUAAACACACUACGAAGGACAGAAUUGAAUCUACUUUCGCUUCUCUGGUCGAAACAUCCUUUGCUAGUCUUUCCAAAGGUAGGUAACUCUGAUGUACCACUCUGUGGUCUAUGAAUUUCUGCAUGGAGACAGUCCUUCACAUGCCUCCCAAUAUGAAGCCAGAUAAUUUUGUACAUCAAGGGCCUGUAUCUGAUUUGUGAUCAUUUCCGUUUUCUACUUGUACCCGCACUACGAAUUUUGGAUCGGAGCUUAUUUGCCAACUCAGCCUAAACAUAGAAUGUGACUGAACCGGAAAAUCAUAAAAAGUCGUCUGCCAGCUGUCCAAUAAUAUAAGUAUGUGAUAGCACGGACGUGUGUAGGUUCGAAUAGUGAACAGGGGAUACACAUAACUACGGUCGUCGUAGUUUUCAAAUGCACGGUCUCUUUUGGUCUUAAUUUUGUUCCUAUUGAGAGUUCGAUCAGAGACGAAUAUGUAGAUGAUGAGUGAAUUAAUAAACAAGUACAGCUUUGCAUACAAUUAAUUAUAACUGGAACACUGUAGAAGACAGACGUGAGGAAAAUAAUCUGGGGAAGUACAUAUAUACGAUCAUGAAAUCUAUUUCAAGUUGUAACUUGAAAUUUUGAAUGAAUAAAUUGUUUUCCAUACUCCUAUUCAGACAGAUUUUCAUCUAAGGACAGCUUUGUUAUUGACGCUAUGUCAAUACUGGCACAGAAUAAGUGUAGAACAGUUCUGUUCUCACGACAUACAUUAUGGAGAUUGACCUGCAUUGGGGCUUCACUGCUUUUGAUUUAUUUUAUACACCUAUGGUUUACAAUUGGCAACGAAAGCAAAUAUGUUGAUUCACUGUCAUACAAAAAAGCAGAAUACUUGCAGAAUGCAUAUAUGAACUUCAAAACCAUUAACCAAAGAGAGUAUAAGGUGGAAUCCCAAAAGGAAGAUGAACUGCAUUUACAAAUGUCUUCAAAGGUUAGAAAUGAGAUAAAUGAAGAAAAAAAGAGACAACUUCAUGAGAUAGGUGCACAAGUUAAAGACAUAGCAGAGAUUGUCUCCCAUUGCAAAGGGGUUCCAGGAAUGACAAUUGCCAUGGUGAAGGGUGAACAGUCUGUUCUUGUCUCUCUGGGAAAAGCAGAUGUUGUAUCUGGUCGGCCAGUUACCAAGGAGACAAAGUUUUUGAUGAACUCCUUGACCAAGACAUUUCUUGGGCAAUUAUUAGGGGUUCUUAUCAGCGAAUCUUCAAAGAACAUAAGUUGGGACACUCGCGUUAAAGACAUUUUAGGCCCAGAUUUCCAACUUGUUACCUCGGAAGUAACACAGGAAGUAACUCUUCGGGAUUUGCUGUCACAUCGUUCAGGGCUUUCCAGUGGGAAUCUUGCUGUGCGAUCUACAUACCCACAAGGAUGGACCAAAGCUGACUUAGUCAAUCAAGGUCCCUUGUCUGCUGUUUGUCUGCUGAGUUCCAAUGCUGAGGAUAUGGUAAAAUGGAUUAAAUUUAAUCUAAGAAGCGGCUGCUUGGAAGAUGGGCGUCAGCUGAUCAGACGUGACAUCUGGAUGGAGAUGUGGCAUCAUCAGAUUGACCUUUCUCCAAUGUUCCUGAAAGCGGUGGACAAAUCUUCCACUAACUGGCCUGUGCGAGAUAUUAGUGAAGGCUAUGGCCUAUUCUGGUUCCUCAACAAAUACAGAGGGUUCAAGAUCUGCUGGCAUGGUGGUGGUCUGUACAGCCACUACACACUGGCAUGGAUGAUUCCAGAGAAGGAAAUAGGUUUGUACAUUUCAAUCAAUGGCUACUCUGGAGACAGUAAACCUUUCUCCAUUGUAGAAAGUCUGGUGUACUACACAGCAGAUCUACUUCUGGGAUACCAACCUUGGCUUGACCAGAAGUCAAUAUGUUAUUACCCAUCUUAUUGGACUAACUCCAACAAACAAUCUUCAAAACAUAAGAUGAACGAAGAAUUUAUGACGGUUUCAAAACUAGAAGUUUUCUUGUCUAAGAAGCAUGCAAAUCCAGUAGAACUAGUCACGACAGGUGUUGGACAUAAACAAGAACAUGUAUCAGUCAAGCCAGUUUCAGAAGAUGAUAAAAGAUUGAGUUCACCAUCAGAAGCACAAAGUUUCCCAAGAACAUUGUCAGCACUUCCUGUUUACUCAUAUGCAGGAGUUUAUUUCAAUCCUCUCUUUGGUAACUUGACAUUUUUUGCUGACAUCACAUGCAGCUGCUUACAAAGCAAGAUGAAUAUGUUGUCAGGAAUACUGCAUCCAGUUAGAAAUCAUACAUUCGAUGUUGAACUGACAGAAAGUCUUCGUUUUUUAAGUAAACCAUCAAAACAAAUGCCACCUCAGGCUGCAUUCAAGGUGGAUUUCACUGUUGACAGCAAUGGGGAAGUCUCUGGAGUUGAUGUACACAGUGGGUGGUCUAUGGAAGUACCUAUACAUUUCAUCAGAAGGUUUAGAUGAAUAAUCGUUUAGUGAUCUUUCUGAUAGAAGCAUUGUGCACUGUACUUAUAGUCUGUGGAUGUAGCUGUGGGAAUGAUUGAUCUGGUGUUUUUAUAUAUAUAUUAAUUGUGCGGUGUAAGUAUUUACAUUGUACUUUGUCUGCAAUAAAUGGGAAGUUAUUUAAGGUUAAUUUGAAGGAGAAGAUAUUAUCAGUAAAUGUUUUUCUGCUGCUUUUAUAUUUCAUAUUUUUGGAUGAAUAAAAAUGCCUGUAAAGGGACAUAAAACUGA